GAGUUACUAUCGUUGCACUAGUGCAUCAUGUGGAGUGAAGAAGAGGGUUGAAAGAUCAUCAGAGGAUCCAUCCACAGUUGUGACAACUUAUGAAGGUACUCAUAAACACCCAUGCCCCAUGACACCUCGAGGAAUGUUGCCGGAAACCGCCACUUAUGGCGGUGGUGGUGGUGGUCCUUCGUUUCUUUUACCUCAUCAACUUCACUACCAACAACCACCACAAUUACCCUUUUUCCAUAACCAAACAAAUUCUUUAAGCUUUAACAACAACAACACCACCACCACCACCACCACCACCACCACAUACUCACAUAAUUACCUUCAAGAAGGUCGAUCUUACCCUUCUCCUCUGCUCAGAGAUCAUGGACUUCUUCAAGAUAUG